GGGAAACUUGACAUACUGUUGUUGAAUGUCUCCGACAUCAAUCAUGCAUAACGAACGAAAGGCUUUCGGCAGAAUCUGCCCCAAUAGGAUGGGAAACUCUCCCUCUCGGAGUCAAGACAAGAAACUUACCAGAUACGAUAAUAGAAAGUACACGAAAAUCAUAAAGGACAACUCUACAGUCCCCAUUUACGUCGAAGAGACUCCCAGUAUCGUUGACCAAGCCUUUGCAACGAUCGCAUGGCAAGAUUUGGGGGACUGCUCAUCGGUGCUAAGGCGCAGGGAUGUCAGUAAAAACACACAGGAAGAUACGUUACGAUACGAUAUUCAAGACUUCGAGGAUUGUGCUAUCAGCUUUAUGCCAGAAUCCCCUGACCUUGAGGCAGGCUUGAUUCCCAACAGUCUUUUGCUCAGUGAUAUUCAGGAGUGUGCUACACUGCCCCUGCCAUCUCUCCAAGAUGGCACCUUGCACGAUUGUCUGCCAUACACCUCUGCAGGGCUUCCUGAACCCCAAAGCCAGCUACAGCCUUCACCUCUGGCUGAACAUGACUGGAGAUGCCUGGCUGAGCAUCAUCAUCUGGCCCUAGGAGACGCUUUGGAGGCCAACAGCCAGCUGCAUCUUACAUUAAACAAAAGGAAGGAAGAAAUAGCAUCACUACAGGAACAAAACAUACAACUGAAGGAACUGGCCAACCAGGCGAAGCACCUGGCCUCUGUCCUUGAUAGGUUGAUGACUGCUAGAGAGGCGCAGGCAGCACAUUUCGUUCCACCUACCAGUGACUCUCCACUGAGAUGUGGCGCUAAGCGGAGGAGGCUUGAGGACCAGAAUGACCUGCAUUCCAGCUGUGAGGACGUGGACGACAUCCUGAGGGACAUAACAGAGCGAUGCAAUGCCGUGUUGCGGAAGGACACCACACUGCUGGCCACACGUCAGGAGGAGAACGAGGAGGCGGCCAGCCCCCAGAACAUGGAGGCCAUUAACAUGUACGGAUCAUUCACCGGGAUAAGGACCUCUACUCCACGGAGACGCACUCAUGAGGAGGGUGGAGUUGUGGAAGAGGACUCUGCCUUCAGGACCUCUAUCAGGGACCACUGUACUAUUCGAACACUGACUUUUCCCCAAGGACACGCCUUCACCUCCACCACUCCCCAGGGAGGGUACAGGUUCCGAUGGGUCCCCAAUUAGGGCAGACAGUCAGCCAGCUACAUUAUCCAGAGCACCAGCACUUGGGCUGUCUGUGUGUGGGUAGCUUGCACUGCCGCACUUCAUAAAACCGUCCUUCCGGAAUGCGAAACCCUUUUCUGCUCAGGCUUAGAACGCCCUUUAGAAGGGGAUAUUUAGGGAGAGAAGAGCUUUGGUAAUUCCUCUCGUCAGUCUGAAUUAUAUAUUGAUUUAUACUAUUAAUUUGUUUCUACAUUUGUGAUGAUUUAUUUUUAAAUAGGUUUUAUACUUUGUCCUUACCUGUUAUUUUAUAAAAAAAAGUAUAUCUUUCUAAAUACUGAAAAAAUAUGAAGUAAAAUGUUUAUUUUUCACUAAUAUGAAUGCUGCUGGGUAAAUAAUUACCUGUUUACAUGGUGUUUACAAUUAUGCUUGUUCUGUGUUUUGUUAUUGAGAUACCAGAAAUCAGUUUGUUUAAAUACAA